AGCCGUCAUUACAUACCCCUACUCCGUUGACCGCGUUCCCGUAAGUCUUCAAUGUUUGGCGGAAGAAAUCUUGAUUUGAAGUACAAGUAUUUUGAUAAUAGUUUUCCUUGAUUUUUCUGGUGUGUGUCGCAGUAAUAUGGAUUUUACGGUAUUUCUGAACAGAGAUGAAUUGUUCAAAGCUGUCAUAAGCGAAUUGAAGUCGAUGGGCAUUAAAUUCUUUAAAGAGAAAUUAAAAGCAACACAAAAGAAUACACUUGUUAGUGGAAGUAAACGUAUAUUUCGAGUACCUCUCCAUCACCUAGAACUCUGUGAUGUUAUUCUCGCGAAUGGAAGCGUUGUUCAAAUUCCAAAAUUUGUGGCCGACGCAACCAAUCGAAUAUUAGAACAGGUAGAAACGGAAGGCAUAUUCAGAAAAGCUGGUUCUUCGUUGAGACAAAAAGAAAUUCGGGUAAUUUUGGAGAAUGGCAUCCCACUCGGAAAAUCACAUCAUGUUAUAGAUGUUGCAAAUGUGAUUAAGUAUUUUUUUCGAGAGCUUCCGGAACCACUAAUACCGACAUUUAUACAGGAGACAAUGCUGCGUGCAUUGCUAGCAGGGGAAAAAAAUAAGAAAGCAAUAUUAUUAUCCUGCUUACUUCUUCCUACGCUUACAAUUAAUACCUUGCGGUUUUUUAUGCAGUUUCUUCAAACCGUUUCGCUCAGUGAAAAUGCCAAUAAAAUGUCUGCAGAGAAUUUGGCUAUCAUCCUUACUCCAGGAUUAAUGCCGUUUGGGGACAUUAACAGCCGCCGCUUUAUAAAUCACCUUAAAGUUGUUCAAAUUCUUAUUGAAAAUGCUAACAUAAUUGGCAUUGUUCCAAUAAAUAUUGCACAUAAACUACAACCGAAGGUAACCUCAGAAUCAGAACUUUCGUCAAUUACAUCUGCAAAUUCGGUUGAAAAUAUAAAUACUAAAAAAAAGCAAAAAAGACGCAGCGGUUCGUUAACAAAUAUGUUCAAUGGCUUUAAAAAAUUGGUUGGGUCAGCUAUGGGAAGCACAGAAGAAUUGGAAAAAGGCUUGCAGAAGUGUAAUACCGCCUCAAAUAUUCUAAUGUCUGAUUCUAUAAAUCCAAGUACUCCCUAUAAUAAAUCAAGGAAAAAACGUAAAUUUCCUGAACCAAUGAGCGCUUUUAGCCUGAAAAAGAAGCGUGACUUGUUGGCGCUUCUUCCAAGUAAUAGUGGUGGUUUACUACCGAGCACUCCGCUGAUCAAGAAGACUACAAAACACCGUUCUAGCCUGAACCAUAUUCAAAAGAUUGAGAGUUUAAAUCCACAAAUAUUUGUUUCAUCCAUUGAAAGACGAUGGAGCAUUGUGGGGAGUCCAGAUGAGCAAAAUCUUAAUAAUGCUGAAGGUUCUUCAGAUGAAAAAAGUAAAAAAAACCAGGUGGACAAUAAUGCACUUAAACGGCAAUCAAGUACAGAGGAUGUAAUGAGCGCGCCAUGUUGCCAAGAAAAAUAUACGAAUAAAAUUGAUUAUAUAUGCGAUAAUUUUAAAGACCAUCAUAAUGAAAUUAAGGAUUUAAUUCAAAUUGAAAUCUCUUUAGAAAAAUCCUGUAAUGAUAUGGAAAAUAUACAAAGGAAGUACGAAAGAAUUUUAAAGGAAACCCAGGCAUUGUCGUUACAGAAAAGGGACCUUUUUAUUCGUGAACAAAAACACCUUCGUCGUUCCUGCAACGUGGAUUUACGUUCACCAAGUGCACGUAAAAUUGGAAGCAUAAGACGCAGGGAGACUACUAUGGUAAAGCAAAGAGGAGGGAAUGACAUUAUAAAUAACAACGAUGUUUCUAAUAAAAACACAAACUCCAAAAUUCAUUUAAAGCGAUCACGACAGAGCGUAGGACCUAUUUGUAGUUUUCGGGAGACCACUCAAAAUUAUAAAGAACGCGAAGUUGUUAUUAAAAAUAGCAAUAUGUGGGUACCUGGAGAAAAUUUUUUUGGAGAAGUUCCACUGAAUUCUAAUACAGUAAAUAAUACAAAACAAAAACUAUAUUUUGAAUAUUCAAGGAAUGAUAUUUCCUCCAAAAGGGAUCUGGGUGAAAUAUUUCAUGUUAACAGUUCGGCAUCUUCUCCAAUAGUAAUUAAACAAAAAUCUAUUAAAUCGGCCUCAACAAGUAAAGUACCAUUUGUCAGUCGAAUUCAAAUGUCUGGAACAAUAAAUAAUGACGACAGUGGUCGAGCGUCAAUUAACCAAUUAAGAACCCACAAUGCUGGAAUGGUGAUAGCAAAAGCUAAACUUUUUGAUAGAUUAGGAGCUUGCAACACUGAAAACAAAUAUGGAAUCAGCUAUAAUAAGACAAGACUGUCAACCAAUUCGAUGGAUUCCAGACGUAAAACAAUAAAUGGUGGAGCAGUAAAUUUGGCAGAUAAAUGGUCCAUUUCCAAAAACGUUAAUAAAGUUAAUCGCGAGGAAAAUCAAAUGCAAUCGCGUGGAAAUUCCAAAAUAGGCAGAAUAAAUUAUGAAAAGCCUGUUCCAAAUUAAUUAAUUAUUAAUGCAGUAUUAAAUAAAAAGAUAUAAUGACUCAAAAUGUACUUUUUAUAUAAAAUAAUCAUUACAAUGUAACAUAAGAUAUUUAUAACCAGCCAUUCUCUUCUUUAUCCAAUUAACAGAUUUUAACAUGGAAUACUUAAUCUUUAUAUUUAGCAAAUAUUUUAUUAUUAUUUUUCCCACAUAUCACCGGAAAAUUAACCUCAAUGAACCAAUAAAUAAAAGAGAUAAACGUC